UGUGACAACAAUUUCCCAUUGAUAAAACAAUAUAAAAGCAGCAGCGGUCCUGUUGAUCACAGCUUUGGAGUCGAGCAAAGACGAGCGAAGGAAAUAUCUACCAGCAAAUCCACCAUGUGUGAAACAGGCAAAACCAAGGUGGCAUUCACUGCCCUGAUAGAGGAAGGUGGGGCAUAUGGACCAUUCAACACAGACAAAACUCUGGUUUACAACAAAGUGGUCACAAACACCGGUCGUGCCUACAACAGCUCCACAGGUAUCUUCACUGCACCUGUUACAGGUGUUUAUUAUUUCACCUUCUUCUAUCAUUCUGUUGGACACCCGUGGCUGACGCUCUUCAAGAACGGCGAGAUGAUAGUCAAGUCAUCUGAUCACCAAAUGGGCGCCGACACAGCUGAUAAUGGAGGAAAUGCAGUUUUCUUGGAGCUGCAGCAGGGAGACCAGGUUUAUGUGAGCAUGAUGGCAAACUGUAGUAUUUGGGCAGGUAACCACCACACCUCCUUCAGUGGUUUCCUGCUCAGUUAGAAUCAGUCAGCAUGAAUGACUCCAGAAAGAUGAUUCCAACAACCUGAGAUCAAUGAUGCACUGACUCAGAUACCAUUCAAAUGUACAUUUAGAUUAAAACAGGUGGUUGUUGCUGUCAUAUUACUGUGAUCAAGCAGAAUAUAAUAUGAUUAUUCCACUGAGUCUAAACUGUUCCAUUUACUGUUUCAUGUCAUGGAAGUGACAAUAAAUAUCACAAUCUGAUGGUCCACAGAGGAUCAACACUUUCAUAUUGGACACUACCAGAUAAAACACAAAUAUCAAAUAUUUAAUCAUUGAUCUCAGGUGUGAGGGAACCUCCGGAGUUCUUUCCAAUAUGCCUCAGCUUUUGCUUGCUGUCUUAUAUAUCCACCAUGAUAUUACAAUGUUUAAGUUGUUGGGAAACUAAAUACAAGUAAACUCAUUAUAAAGGAGUUGAGCCUGGAGGGGGUUCAGACCUCUUCCUGUGUGUCUGUACAACAAGAGGAAAUAUGUGUGGAGGAGUUUAAGGAGCAGGUGCAGGUGGAGGAUGUUUGAGAUGUUGUGAUGUACGAAGGAGGAAGAACAAUGUGUCUUCAACCUGGAAAAUGUCACGACCAGGUAAAGAAAGGUUGAAUAACAGCUUGAGUGAAAUCAUGUCCAUCCUGUUGUUGUCUACAGUUAAUGUGUGUUAUCUCAAAGUGCUGUAAGAAGUGAGGAGAGACUGCCUCUCCUCAGUCAUGUCUGUGUUCUGCUGCUGACGGCUGCUGAUGCAACAAUAAACAUCUACUGAGCAUCUGAA